AUGGAUCCCAAGCAGACCCGACAGCACUACCGGCAGCAGGGGCGGCAGUUGGUAGAUUCUGGGGUGACAAAGACAGCGGCAGGACUGUCUGGGCGUUCAGGUGAAAGGUCCUUAGUACUGGAUGAGCUCACAGGCUCAGGGCUCUCUACAGAUGAGCCCACACGCUCAGGCGUCAGUCUCUUCGCCAACCAUUUCCGUGUGGAGUCCUACUCGGAGCGCCCGGCCUACAAGUACAGCGUGAGCUACCGGCCCGAUGUGGAGGACAGCCGGCUGCGGGAGAAGCUGCUGGCCCAGCACCAGACGCUCCUCGGCACGCAGCACAUCUUUGACGGCAACUCUGUGCUACUGCUUCACAGGCUGGAGAAGAAGCGCAUAGAAGUGGUGAGCACAGAGCAUAAGGACAAAGAGGUGAAGUACUACGAGCUCACACUCGAGCUGUCCAAGGAGCUGCACCCCACCGAGCCCGACCGCAUCCGCUACUACAACGUCCUCUUCAGAAGGAUUUUGAAGUCCAUGAAUUUCAAGCAGUUUGGCCGUUACUACUACAAGGUGGAUGACCCAUCGGCAGCCGUCCGCAGCAAAAGGUUGAGAGUCUGGCCUGGCUAUGUCACCUCCAUCCUGCAGCAUGAGAACAGCAUAACCCUCUGCAUGGACGUGAACCACAAGCUGGUCCGGCAGGAGACCGCUUUGGAUCUGAUAAACCGUGUGAGGAAUUCCCACAGAGACAGUGUGGAGCAGUGGAAAAAGCUAGUCGCUAAGGAAUUGAUCGGGUCAAUCGUCCUGACUGAGCACAACAACAGAACCUACAGAGUGGACGGCAUCGACUGGACGAAGAACCCCAAAUCUCAGUUCAGAAAAGCAAAUGCCUUGAUCUGCUAUUCGGACUACUACUACAACACAUACGGUAUCAACAUCAAGGACAUGGAGCAGCCACUUCUGAUCAGCAAAGGAAAGUGGAAGAAGAGCUUCCAGGGCACGCCCCAGGAGCCCAUCCAGCUGGUGCCCGAGCUGUGCACCAUGACAGGUCUGACACGCGAAAUGCGUCACAACAGUGAGAUGAUGAAGGACUUGACUGUUCGCACAAGGCUGAAACCGGAGGACAGGCGGAAGGAGAUGAGCAAGCUGAUGAAGUCGAUACAUAAGUGGGUGCUGCCCUCUUUGGGGGUGGAGGGUGAGUCUCUGUUUCCCUUCCUGGACUUGAUAAUUUGGAAAUAUGUUUACACUUUCAGCGAGAAGACUUACAAGGAGCAACUUCAAAACUGGGAUUUGACAUUUGAUAUACAGCUUCUGUCAUUCCGAGGAAAAACUCUGAACACAUUUUUCCCCCAGCCAGUCUCCAGGAGUCAUUCAGGGCCUGCAAGAGAGUCAAGACAAGAAAACCCCCCUCACUGGCUAUUCCUGUAUACUGACAAUAACGUGCAGACUGCCAGACCCCUAAAGACGAAACUACUGGAAGAAGCGGCCAAGAUGAACAUGGACAUGCACAAUGUCAGGGAGCUUGUCGUGAGGAACACAGUGAGAUCCUACAUCAACACCAUUCAAGCCCACCACGAAGGCGCCGUGAUGGUUGUCUGUGUGUUGGACAGUAACAAGAAAGACGUGUACGAUUUGCUGAAAAGGUACCUGUGCGUCCAUUGUCCAAUCCCCAGCCAGUGUGUGGUGGCAUCCACCAUCAGGUACAAGAAUCUGGACACCAUUGCCACCAAGAUCGCCCAGCAGAUAAAAUGCAAGAUGGGUGGCACCCUCUGGAAGGUGGACAUUGGACUGCAGAACAUCAUGUUCAUAGGCAUCGACUGUUUCCACGAUAUCGUGAAUCGCCAGAAAUCCAUCGCCGGUUUUGUGGCAAGCCUCAACCAAGAUGCCACGCAGUGGUUCUCAAAGUGCAUCCUCCAGGAGUCAGGGGAAGAGCUGGUACAGGGCCUAAAGAGCUGCCUGCAAGCCUCGCUGGAGUACUGGCUCAGGAAGAACCAGUGUCUGCCCUCCACGGUGGUCGUGUACCGGGACGGAGUGGGCGACGGCCAGCUGCAGGCGCUCACCUUGCAGGAGAUCCCUCAGCUCGAGAAAUGCUUGAAGAGCUUUGACAAUGCGGACAGGAGCACCACCCUCAAGCUGACUUUCAUUGUGGUGAAGAAACGAAUCAACACGCGGCUAUUCGCCAAGGACGAAAGGGGGAUGCUCACCAAUCCGAAUCAAGGAACUGUUGCAGACACAGAGGUGACCAACAGGAAAUGGUUUGACUUCUUCAUCGUGAGCCAGCAAGUGAGUGACGGCACUGUCACGCCCACCCAUUACAACAUCAUCCACGACACCCACCACUUCUUGCCCAAUGACAUACAGGAUGUGACCUAUAAACUCUGCCAUAUGUACUACAACAUGGAGGGUGCCAUCCGGGUCCCUGCCCCAUGCCACUAUGCCCACAAGCUGGCAUACCUUGUGGGCCAGAGCAUUCACCAGGAGCCCGACAGCACCCUAGCCGACCGGCUCUUCUACCUGUGACCCACAGGAGGCUGCCUGCCGAGACUGGUGUUACCGUGUGCAGAUGUUCAAGUCUCCUUUGCAAACUGCACACCUGGACUUUUUUUUUUUUUGGUGCCUAUUUUUUUUAUUUAUUGCCUUUUUUUGUUGCCCUUGUUUUUUUUUUAUUGCUGUAGCUAGUGACGUUGUCAUUGUUGGAUAGGACAUAGAGAAAUGCAGAAAGGAGGGGAAGACAGAGAGGGGGAGAGACAGACAGAUACCUGCAGACCUGAUUCACCUCCUGUGAAGCAACUCCCCUGCAGGUGGGGAGCCGAGGGCUCAAACCGGGAUCCUUAAGCUGGUCCUUGCGCUUUGUGCCACCUGCACCACCGCCCGACUCCCUCGGUGCCUAUUUUUAAACUCAUCAUGCUCAGCUGGACAUGGGAGAGAUUCAAAGUUACACAGGCUAUUCUGAGUUGCAUCAAACUCUUACUCACUGGGCUGGAGAGCCACCCAAGAGGGCUUGGUUGGGUGACUUCCCUUUCACACGUGUCACAAGGACACUAAGGUGUUCAAACAAUUGACACUCCAGUGUCCUUUUGCCUUUGUAAAGGUUGGACUUCCAGUUGCAUGGAAAGUAUACCUAUAGACAAGUAAAUUCUACUUGGAAAGGUUCCUUUCCUUCUUUCUCCCUUCCUCCCUUCUUUCCUCCCUUCUUUCCUCCCUUCUUUCCUCCCUUCUUUCCUCCCUUCUUUCCUCCC